GACUAUAUCCAUGUCCUUUCUUGCUAAUCCGAUGAUCUCUUAAUGCCGCUCUAGCAGCCGUCAAUAUGCCAUCCCUAGUCCGAAAAUUACUAAUAUUCGCAGCUGUUGACGGCCUUAUACUCCAGCCUGCCCCACCACGCAAUCAUCCCCCAGCAACGCAGCAGGCUAUCAAAAUCGACUACAAGGGCAAUGUGGGACCGCUACUCAAAGAUAGACGUGAGGAGAACACGGCUCCGUCCUCGCUGGACAGCCACGGCAUCGUAGGCCUUUUGAAAAUAGCUACCUCCUACUUCCUGAUUUCCAUAUGCGGGCGCGAGCAAGUCGCGCAAAUACGGGGCAAGCCUGUCUACAAGAUCACCAGUGUCGCCCUGAUUCCGCUGUCCUCCCAAGCAGACGCCGACCAGGCUAUUGUCGCUGCGAAAGAGCACAUAAAAAGGCAUAACAAGGCCGCAGUGGCUGGCACAGAAGAGUCAGAAAGUGAGAGCGAUGAUGAUGCUGCUAGUGUCACGGAUUCACUCGAAGAGGAAACGGAUGCGGCUGCUCCGCAAGAAGUCGAGGAUCACGUGACUGGGCAAAGAGGGUCAGCGGAGAGAAGGACGAGUGUUGCCGAGGAUGUAAUGCAAAAGCGGGGGAUGUAUGGGCGCUUUGCCGACCGGUGGUUCUCCAGGAAAGGGUGGAGUGCUGAUAGUAGGCGACUGCAAGGAAUGAGCUCAGAGGAAGACCUCACAAGGAAGAAUGUUCCGAAAUACGUAGAAUCAACCCUACGGCAAGAGGAAGAGAAUCCCAAAAGCCCCGCGAAUCCCAAGGUGCUUUCUGUCGCGGGUUCAGGUAUUCACGAAGCUGUGGGUCCUGAAGAGAUACCCAAGGCACUAGAGGGGCCGAAGGAUUCGGCCACAGUUGCGCUCUUACCAAAGAUAUUGCGUACUACUAGGAUGUACUUUGCUUCUGGGAGUUUCUUCUUCUCGUAUGACUAUGACUUGUCUCGGGGCAUAGCACAUCAACAACCAAAUUCCACCUUGCCGCUUUUCAAACAAUUCGAUCCUUUGUACUUUUGGAACCAGCACAUCAUGGCGCCAUUUAUAAAUGCCGGUCAGCAUAGUUUUGUACUCCCGCUAAUCCAAGGCUUCGUCGGUCAACGAGCUUUCAGUAUCAAACUUGUCGAUUCGCAAACCAAUAGUGUGGUAAUAGAUCCUCACUCUGGGUCCGAAGAUAUCCCGCUUCAAGCGUGGUCAACAACUAACGCGGCAACCGAAUCUGACUCCAGCUCAGACACAAACACCGAUACCCCUCCCCCCGAAAUAUCAAACGGAAAGGAUUUCGUCCUCACACUCGUAUCACGAAGAUCCAUCAAAAGAGCCGGUCUCCGCUAUCUCCGCCGUGGCGUGGACGACGAAGGUAAUGCUGCGAACAGUGUGGAAACCGAACAGAUCCUGUCGUCACCAACAUGGGACUCAAGUCAGGAUAAAAUAUUCUCCUUUACUCAAUAUCGCGGAUCCAUUCCUCUCUUCUUCUCGCAAUCCCCAUACAGCUUGAAGCCGCAAGUCAUGUUCUGGGGCUCACCUGAGACUAAUGCUAAGGCAUUCAAACGACACAUCUCCGACCUAGCAUCCAGAUACGGAUCCUUGUAUUGCGCAUCACUCGUCGAUAAGCACGGGACAGAGGCCAGGAUUGGAGGCGCCUUUACGAAGCAAGCAGAAGCGCUAAACUCGAAUGGAGGAAUUGACGGCCAAGGCAAGGAGCUAGGAUUCGAAUGGUUCGACUUCCAUUACGAGUGCCGGGGGAUGCGGUUCGAGAAUGUUUCGCGGCUCAUGAAUACCCUCGCCCCAUUCCUCAAAUCAUCCCACUGGACCGAAAUUUCCAACGACCGCAUCACCCACGAACAAUCCGGAGUUCUCAGAACCAACUGCAUGGACUGCCUUGACCGGACAAACGUCGUUCAAUCUGCGUGCGCGCGGACCGCUCUGGAAGCACAACUGUCCGCCGGCAGCUUCAGUAUUGAUCUUCAACACGACCCGUCCACAAGCUGGUUUAACACGCUGUGGGCCGACAACGGUGACGCGAUAUCGCGGCAAUACGCAGGCACGGCCGCACUUAAAGGCGACUAUACCCGCACCCGCAAACGCCAGAUCACAGGCGCUUUGACAGAUUUCGGGCUCACGCUGAGCAGAUAUUACAAUAAUAUCGUUAACGACUAUUUCGCACAAGCUGUGAUUGAUUACCUUCUUGGCCGCGCCAUGGACUCAAUUUUUGCGGAGUUUGAAGCCGAUAUGAAGAGCUCGGAUUACUUCAUUGAUUUGCGGAAGGUUAGGCAGGCGGCCAUUGAGCGCUGUGAGGGUAUUGUUAUUGAAGAUAAAGAGGAAGAUCUUGUUGCCGGGUGGACACUCUCCGUACCCAAUUCCGCAAAUGCACUGAAGACGGCGACGUUUGAAGAGGCGGUUUUGUUGCUGACGGAACGGGCGAUGUAUUUUUGUCGUCUAGAUUGGGGGACGGAGAAAGUAAGAGAGUUUGAAAGGAUAGCACUUGACCAUGUUGAGGGCAUUGUACGCGGAGUCUACAUCACAAGUACUCUAGCCCAGAGACACAUGGAUGCCGAAAAGAACGUCGGAUUUAUAAUCCGCUAUCGAACCGAAGUCGGCAACGAGCUUGUGCGACGGAAUACGCGGAGUCUUGACUCGGGAACUUGGUAUCAACCAGAUCAGAAGAGCGAGAAGAAGCCGGAAGAUACGGGGAGGUUCCUUGCUUUCAAGGCUCUGCCACCACGCACUACAGCAACCACCACUGGCGAUACUGCCGAAGAACCGGAGAAUGAAAUCGAGGUGGUGAAUGGCAUUUGCGAGGAGAUUACUCGAAUAACGAAUAAGGCGCGGAAUCGGGCAUCAGUCAAGUGGAAUAUUGAAGAGUGGGAUCAGGAUCAGGCGGAUGAGAAUCAGCAGAGGGGUGUGUAUGAGCACGAGCAGAGGGAUCUAGUGGUGGAAGAGAAGGAUAUUAUUUCUCUAGCCGACGCGAAGAAGAGUACGGGGUAUUUUGAGCAGUUGGGGUAUUCGCUCAAGAAGUUGGUGUGGGCGUAGCAAACAGAGGGAGGGCGCGGCACCUGUAUUCAUUUUGAUACCAUGGCUAGCCAGGCAAAGACUACGUGCUGCUUAUGAAGAGUCCUUUCC